UUUUCAAGUCUCCAGUAUCCUCUCUGGCUUCUGAAUCUUCUGCUCAUUCCUCCUUAAGCAGGCUUACCCAUUUUUGUUAAAAUGGCUCAACUCCUGAAUAGCAUACUCACUGUGAUCAAGGUGUUCCAGAAAUAUGCUAAAGAGAAUGGGAAAUGUACCUUGCUCUGCAAGAAGGAGUUGAAGCAGCUGCUCUUGGCUGAGUUUGGAGAUAUCCUCUGGAGACCAAAUGACCCAGACAUGGUGGAAAGCAACCUGAGCCUCUUGGAUAAAGACAGAAAUGGACAUGUUGAUUUUCAUGAAUAUCUCUUGUUGGUGUUCCAAUUGGCCCAAGCCUGCUAUCAUAAAUUGGAAAAUAAGUCAUGUGGAGGUAGAAUCUCUCAGCAAGAAGGGGAGCAGGAGGGAACACAAGACCAUAAGUUUCCAGAAAAUACAGGCAGGCAACACAGGCAGAGGCAUGAGAAAGAAAGGCAGGACUCCCACUGCACUCAGCCUGAGAGACAAAACCAGGAUGUCCACCAGGAUCAGUCAGAGAGACAGGAUAGGGACUCCCACUAUGGUCAGUCUGAGAGACAGGGUAGAGACUCCCACUAUGGUCAGUCCGAGGGACAGGGUAGAGACUCCCACUAUGGUCAGUCCGAGGGACAGGAUAGGGACUCCCGCUAUGGUCAGUCUGAGAGACAGGAUAAGGACUCCUGCUAUGGUCAGUCCGAGGGACAGAAUAGGGACUCCCACUAUGGUCAGUCAGAGAGACAGGAUAGGGACUCCCGCUACGGUCAGUCUGAGGGACAGGAUAGGGACUCCCGCUAUGGUCAAAGAUGGAGACAUAAAUCUAGUAGUAGCCAACCUAAAAGACAAGGAUAUAUCUUUGCCUUAAGUCAGUGUGAGAAACAAGUUCACAAUUCUCGUUAUGGCCAGAUAAACCAACAGGAAUCAAGCUCUUAUCAUGGACAGUCUCAGAGGCUGAAUCAGGAAUCAGGCUAUGGUCAGAAAGAUAGACAAGAAUUGGACUUUCAAUAUGGCCAGACAGACAGACAAGGCCAGAGUUCCCACUAUAGUCAGACAGACAGACAAGGCCAGAGUUCUCACUAUGGCCAGGCAGACAGACAAGGCCAGAGUUGUCACUAUGGCCAGGCAGACAGACAAGGCCUAGGUUCUCAGUGUAACCAGACAGACAGACAAGGCCAGAGUCUCCAUUAUGGCCAGACAGACAGACAAGGCCAGAGUUCUCACUACGGCCAGACAGAGAGACAAGGCCAGAUUUCCCACUAUGGUCAGACAGACAGACAAGGCCAGAUUUCUCACUAUGGCCAGGCAGACAGACAAGGCCUAGGUUCUCAGUGUAACCAAACAGACAGACAAGGCCAGAGUCUCCACUAUGGCCAGACAGACAGACAAGGCCAAAGUUCUCACUAUGGCCAGACAGAGAGACAAGGCCAGAUUUCCCACUGUGGUCAGACAGACAGACAAGGCCAGAAUUCUCCGUGGGGUCAGACAGAUAGACAAGGCCUAGGUUCUCAGUGCAGUCAGACAGAUGGACAAGGCCAGAGUUCCCACUAUGGCCAGACAGACAGACAAGGCCUCAGCUCUCACUAUGUCCAGUCAGAGAUUGGGGUAACAAGGCAAAAUGGUUACCUCCAAGAAAGUGAGGGAACAAGCAGAGACUCAUAUGUUGAGCAAUCAGGAAGGUCAGGGAGACUAAGUCAAAAGAUUCACAGACGGGAAGUGACUCAAAAUCAAGGACAGAGAUACCAGUCUAGGGAAGGCCAACAGAACAGCCACGAGGCAUGGGAGACUGAGGAGGAUAGCCAACACCACCAACACAAACUCAUAGCACAAAUCCAGCAGGAAAGGUCAUGCAGUUACAGAAGGGGUGCCUGGCAAUCAUGUAGUGGUGAGCAGGACCACCUACAGGCCCAGGCCAGGCAAAGUCAUGGAGAGAGGCAGAUCCGCCAGACAGAGGAAGAGCAGGGCCACCAAAGCUGGGGCAGACAUGGUUGUGAGAGUCAGGAAACUCCAUGGGAGAAGCAGGCCAGGCAAACCCACGAAGAGGAACAAAGCCAUCAGAGACGGGACAGGCAAACCCACGAAGAUGAGCAGACCCGUCAGAGACGGGACAGGCAAACGCACGAAGACGAGCAGACCCAUCAGAGACGGGACAGGCAAACCCACAAAGAUGAGCAGACCCGUCAGAGAUGGGACAGGCAAACCCACGAAGAUGAGCAGACCCGUCAGAGACGGGACAGGCAAACCCAUGAAGAGGGUCAAAACUGUCAGCAACAAUGGAAUAGGCAAACUCUUGAGGAGAAAGAAAGGUAUCAAGGGUCCCAGAAUCAACAAUCUUAUGGGGCCCAGCAAGGCUGUGCUAAUAGAGAAAAAUUCCACAUGAAUGAGAAUAGCCAGGGGCGAGGUUCCCAGGGAACACACAGUAAUCUGACCUUCCAUCCCACCCAGAGUAGUGGGAGGCUUCCAAGGAGAGAACAGGGUGGAAGUCACCCUUCCAAGGCAGCUCCUGCUCCCAACCCCCUCUAUGACUAUGUACAAGAGCAGAAAAGGAAUCAGCACUAGGCUGUGCAAACACCAGAGGUAAAGAAACUUGAAGCCAAGGAGGAAAUCUACAUGUCAAGUUUAUCCUUACUUCUGUUUAAGAGAUUGAAAAUGUUUGUCUUCCUUCUCUCCUCUAUCUACUUGCAAGGAUGCUUUUGAGAACUAGUAUUCACUUUUAGGGCAUUUCCAUUCUUUGAGCAGCAGUUCUAGGGUGUUCUGGUUGGGUUAAAUCUGAGUGGUAAUUUGGGUGACAUAAUCAGAUCCCAAUUUUGAUUACUUUGGGGAUUUAAAUCAUUUCCUGGUUUUCCAUCUGUAUAGGUGGGACAUGGUUGGACCACUGAAUGGUAGAAACUUCUCCCAAAAAUUCAGAAACAAGAAAGGUAUUCUGAAGAUACAUAUUAUAGCCUGAGGACAGGACAGCUGGGCUUUAGUAGCCUUGGGCUCCUGUGGACGAAACACCAGGAAUUGCAAACCUUAUAGUCUACACUAAAAUGAAAUAUGGUGAGAGGCUUCUAGGAGAGUCAUCUCUGAAGUCCCCAGUACCUCCCAUGCCCAGACUCCCACCCUUCACCAGAGGGACUAUCCCCUGAGCUAUUAUCACUACAGCUGACUGGACUGGUUCCAGCUUCGUAUCUAUCUAGUUUCUGAUCAUAUAAAACGGAGAGAAAGAAUAUGUCACCUGCUUGCAGAUUCCAACAAGCCAAAACUGUCCAUCCAUAGCUCCUGAAAAACCUUCAAAGAAAAAUCUAUGGAAUUGUUUUAAAAUACCCAAUAAAUGAUUGGUGAG